GAAAUGGUUCAAGGUAUAUUAACAAUUUUUAACUAAGAAGUUAUUAGAUUUUGGACCAGUAAAAUUUAGUGUUUAUAUUUAAAUUAAUAUUUUGUUGGCUUUAUUUUGUAAAGAAUUGUUUAGGAGCAUUAGAUGGGACACAUAUUGAGGUGCAUGUUAGUCAAACUGACAAGCCGAGCUAUCGAAAUAGAAAGGGCAAGGUUACCACCAAUAUGUUAGGAGUUUUUGAUCGAAAUAUGAAUUUUAUAUUUGUUUUACCGGGUUGGGAAGGUUCGGCAUCAGACUCAAGAGUUCUACGAGAUGCAAUAACUAGAGCACAUGGUUUAAGAGUUCCUGAAGGUAGAGUUUGUUUUGAAAUGUGCAAUGCACUUUAAUUUAUACCUUAAACCACAUAGAGUCCUCAAUAAUAUAUAUUUAUUUUUGUUAUGUUAUUAUUAUCUUAUGGAUGCUGGUUAUACCAAUUGUGAAGGGUUUCUUGCACCAUACAGAGGAACAAGAUAUCAUUUGUCAGAAUGGCAACAUGGAUGCGCACCUACAAAUGAGAAAGAAUUUUUUAACAUGAAACAUUCAUCUGCUAGAAAUAUUAUAGAAGGUUGUUUCGGUUUGCUUAAGAUUCGAUGAGCUAUAUUGUGAAGCCCUUCUUUUUAUCCAAUCAAAACUCAAUGUAGAAUAAUGACUGCUUGUUGUCUUCUUCAUAACCUUAUUAGGAGAGAAAUGUCAUAUGAUCCUAUGGAAGCAGAAUUAGAUGCACAAGAUAGCUCACAAAACCAAACUCUUGAUGAUGUGAACAUUAUUCCCACUAUUGAAUCAUCUGAUGCAUGGACUACUUGGAGAGAUGCUUUGGCAACAAACAUGUUUAAUGAAUGGAGAGCAAGUAGAGGCCGUAGAUAUUAGUAUUUUGUUGUAUUAAAUGUUCUUUUCAAUGUUGUUGAUUAGUAUAAUUGAAUUUAUAUGAGUGCUUGUUUUAGACUUUUGUUUGAAUUAUGCAAUAAAAGUACGUUUAUAUUUAUUAGUUGUUAUAUAUAAUUUUAUAACAUGUUUCUUCAAUUAGUAGAUGUUGUAUAUCAUUGGUUUCCAAUAUUUUGUAUUAUAUAGGAAUGGAAAGUGGAGACAACAUGCAACAUACUUCCAACUCAAAGAAAGGGGGUCGUCGUACUUGGACAAUUUUGGAGGAGGAAGCGUUAUUGGUAGUGCUAGAGUCAUGUGUGCUGCGUGGCUAUCGUUGUGACGAUGGCUUCAAAGCUGGAACAUACCCAUUAAUUGAAAAAGAAUUACGUUUUAAGUGUCCUAAUUCUGGAUUGAAAGCAAGCCCCCACAUUGAGUCAAAGAUAAAAAUAUGGAAGAAACAAUAUAGUAUAGUAUUUGACAUGCUAAAUGUGAGUGGGUUUGGUUGGAACGAAAUAUUAAAGUGCAUUCAGGUUGAUAGUGAUGAAGUAUGGAAUGCAUAUGUGCAGAGUCACAAAGAAGCUGACGGAUGGAGGGGUAAACAAUUUCCUAUCUAUGACAGAUUGGCUAAUAUCUUUGGAGCAGAUCGUGCAACUGGAAAAGCCGGUGAAACUCCAGCUGAUAUGGCUAAAGCAGUCGAUCUUGAAGAUGAUUAUGAUGGCAAUGAAAUGCAAGAAGAAUCAUCAUUUUCCCCAAUGUUUGUCAACCAAUCAAGUGGUAAUCAAUCCCAAUCUGGAAGAAAGAAGAGAGCUAGACCAGGUUCAGAUAUUUGUGUUGGGUUAGAAAAUCUAGCAAAGUCUUUGGAUAAUAUGAUGGAGAAAUCACAUGAGGAAACGAAGUUUCUCAUUGAAACGCUAAAAAAUAGAGAUAAUAACAAGAUGUAUGACUCUGUUUGGGAAGAGAUCACAAAGAUGAACCUCCAUGUUGCUGAUCAAAUCAAAGCUCUAAAGAUAUUUGCUGAACAACCAUGGAAUGUGAGUGCUUUGAAAAAUAUGGAUGAGGCUACCAAGAUAGAGUUUGCCAUGACCCUUAUUAACCAUGGAUGAGGCUCUAAAGACAUUAAAAUAUAACUUAUAUCUUAUAUGUGGUGUCAAUAUUUUAAAAUGUGUAAGCUUUUAUAACUACUAAAUGGAGUUUAUCUUUAGGUGGUAAGUAACAAUUAGAUUAAUACAUCUGACUUGAAUAUUUAGAUAGAUCUCAUGUUAAAGCUAUCAUAUAUUUUGUGUAUGCAUUUAUGAAUGCAUAGUAGUUUAUAUGAACAAGAAUAGUUAGUUUUUUUGCUAACUGAGCUAAUUAUGUGUACUUUUGACUAUAUAAAUGUUAUAUUUUUACUAUUUUGUUUAUAUAUGUGUACCAGAUAUUAUACAUUAUUUAAAAAUAUUUUAUUGUCAUUUUUGUUGCUUAACUUGUUAAAUUAUUAAAACAAUAAUUUGAAAAAAUUAAUAAUUAAAAAAAAUAUAUAUUAUUUGUUGAUGUAUAUUUUUUUUUUAAUAAUUUAAUUAAUAUUUAAAAAAAUUUAGAAAACAAUAUUUAGUCCAGUCAAGCCAUGUACCAAACACAGUAUUAUUUAUCCAGUACUUAAUCCGACAGUUUACCAAACACAGUAUUGUAUAAAGCAUAAUCCUAUCCAAUCCAAUCGUGUCCACGUAGUCCAGUCCAAUCCUGCGCACCAAACAAACCCUUAGUGCUUAGAGAUAAGGGGAAAUAAGCUUUUGGACAAAGGUGUAAUACCUUGUUCAAGUCAUGGUGAUCCCCACUAAUCUACACUCAAGGUUGUGAGUGAGUGUAUAUAUAUAUAUAUUAUUCUCUUGUUAUAUAUAUAUACAUAUUUUAUAUUACAUGUGUUCUUAUCUUCUUCUACAUUUCUUAUAUAUAAUAUAUAUAGUGUAUAUAUAUUGUAUAUUAUAUUGUUGUAACAUUUAUUUAAUCUCUUUGUUGGUCCUUGUAUUGUAUUACAAUAGAGUUGUAAUAU